AUGGAUAUGAAGGAGAUCGACAAAGAAAUGCGGUCUAUGUGGGGCAGCUUGAACGGCUUGAGCUCGCCUCUCAGCAGAAGUGCUUUGGCAGAAAGUGUGGCCAGUCUGGAACCAGAGCUGCUGCAAUGGGCCUGCCCCCUCGACAUUUCUGUGGAGGCCACACUGAUGCCCCUUGACGAGCUCAUCAGUGUACCCUGCAGCAUUGGCCAGGCUGCUAGCCCCCUCCUGUGCCCUUCAGAGGCCCCAGGCCUGUCAGCAGCAGUAUUCGACUGGGAUGCAGGAGACAGCACUGAAGGCAGCCAGCUGGGCUACCUGCAGCAGUCUCUGGAGAAGUGCUCCACAGACAGCCAUCUGAGUGAAAGUCCAGGUCUUGGUGACAGGCACGGAGGCUGCACAGAGGACCCAACAGCCCUCGAAUUGUCACUAAUGCCCCUGACAGGGCCGUCCCUAGCUGUCAGCUUACAGGGGUCGUUUCGGUAUGAGCCCUGGGAGGCCGCCGCACUGCACCUGAGCGUCAGCGCGCCAUCCAGCAGCCUGCGCACAGUCGAAUCGCUCUCGCCGGCCUGCAGCAUGGACUCACCGCCCUGCAAGGCCGCCUUAAAACCUUGCGGCAGCAACGCCGCUGCAGAACAGCGCAUGCCUGCUGAGCGCGCUGCCAGCACCGACAGCAACAAGAGCUGCGCCUUCUCGGGCUUCUGGCCCGAGACUCCAUCCCCGGCUGCCCCCUUGCCUCCUCUGCAGCGCAUCAUCCUGCCUGCCAGCCCGUUUGCGGCAGCGCCUGCGCUCGAUGCCGGUAAAGCCCUCAGCGCCGCACUCGCUGCACCUCCAAGCGUCCCACAGCCGCGCCGCGCAGCCGCAGGCCUGGAUCGGGGUAUUGUUAGCGCAGGCCCAGCACCGGCAGUGGUUCCACCCCCGGCGGCGAGGCAGCUGCCAGCACCUUCCCUGCAGCUGCCGGCACCUGCCGUGCGGCCGGCCAUGUGCUGCGUGCGCGCGCAGCCGCCACCGUCGCGGUCUGUGACGUUCACGCAGAAGAACCGGCGGCAGCAGAAGGAAUACAACCAGCGCAAUAGGGUGCGCACGGCGGCAGUGCAUGCGAGUGUGGAUGGGCUGAAGGAUAAGAGGGCGGCCCUGGAGCGCGAAGUGGGCGAACUACUAACUCGCCACAAGCACCUUACCAUGCAGCAGCCCUGGGCCCAGCAGCACGAUGAGGUCACCUUUGUAGCCUCGCUUGCGUCCCUGAUGCCCACAAUGCCUGGCCAGCUUCCCAGCGAGCAGGCAGCGCCAAAUAUGGACAUGCUCUCUAAGCUCAUGCUGGAGCCCAUGGCCGUCAUGGACGUCAUGUGCAAAUCAUCAGGUCCUGGGGCUCAGCUGUCUGCUCUACAGGUCCAGGCUCUCUCUACAGAGCUGCCUCCUUUGCAGCCAGCGAAUCCAGACACAGGCCUGGCAGGUAGCACCAGCAUCGCAUGGAGCUCAAUCAUGGCGUGCCUGCGGCUGACUAAACUCCAGAGGGACGAGCUGGCUAUGUUGUAUGAGACGCACCUGCAGGACCAGGCUGCUUCGCAACAGGACUGCCUCACAGUCGCUCUGAAGCUGCAGGGGCUGCCCGGCGUUGUGGGCAGGCUGACGGACUGCAUGUGGCCAAAAAUGGCUACGCACUUACUAAGCAGUCAGCUGACAGGCAUCGCUGACAGGGAGGCAGAGAUGAUUCAAGACCUCAAUAGCGCGUGUCAGAAGGUGCUGGACCAGGCUCAGCUGCGCAACCUGCAGCUGCUGGCACCGGCGGCGGCUGUCGAUCUGCGCGCCCUGUGCCGCGAGGUCUCGGCCACCAGCAGACCUCCGCGCAGGGCGCCCGCCUCGCGAGCUGCCGAGCGCGCACAGCCGCCGGCCGCGUCGCGCCCCGGCACACCGCCACAGGUGGGCUGUCCGGCUUCCUGGGCAGCUGCUCACACCAUGGUCAGCGCGGAGGUCAAGGCUCCAUCUGUUGAGGGAGGGCCUGGGCUUGAGGCAGCGCUGGGCAUCGUUGAUGUGGCGCUUCCUGCUGCAGAGGGCGCCAACCUGCCUGUCAUGCCAGCGCCUGGCCCUACAGUUCCUCAGCCCUUUAGUGAAGCUGGGCCCACCGAUACAACCGACGGUGCCACCCUGCCGACUGCAUGCGCCAAACCUGUCGUCGCAGCAACACAGGCGGCCGCAGAGGCCGCACCUCUCACAAAAGGCCGCAAGCGCUCGGCAGAGGCUACUAAGAUGGAUCGGAUGAUCCCUCCUGUGACAGAGCCAGUCGACAAUGUAUGCUGUGAGCCUGUGCAUAGAGAAGUCUUUGGUGACACUCUCUUAGCGGCAACCUGCGGCGAUGAGCAUGCGGCAGAAAAAAUUGAUGAUGAGGAGGAAGCUGCCCUGCAGUUUCCUGUGCAUGAGGGCCGCAGGAUGAAGCCCAAGAAGAUGCUGUCGCUGGGUGAUCUCCACACCAGCAGCGACUGA